AUAAGCAUAUUUUACAAUCUUACAUAAUACUUAAGUAUAUAUUUUAAAAAUUAAGCUAUUUAAAUAAUAGCCUAAAAUUUUAAGAAAAAUUGAAAAAAAAAAAUAAUAAAUUUAGUUAUAAAGUACAUAUACAAUAAAGAAAACGGAUAAUUUGUUUAGUUUUUUAAUCAAUACAUCGUAAAAUUUUGCUGAAAGUGAAGAAUUGCAUAAUUCACUACAGCAAAUACAAAUUUAUUUUCAUCAAAAAGUUAUAAUAACGGCUUCAAAACGACGACUACAUUGUUGCAACAUUUCAAGGAAGUGGUUACGACGAAAUUCUCUAGUCGUGACCACCACCACUAUCCACAACAAGCAGGAGUACAUCAGGUAAUUCACCAGCAUCAACAAAAUUUUUCCGCUAUAUUUCCACCAUAUCUUAGUAUGGAAAGAGGUGGUCUAAUUGAAAAUAUGACGGAUUCUGGUUUAUGUCUACAAGAUCUAGUUGGUGGUGGUGGUAAUAGUUCGUCACCUGGAAAUCAAGUUUCUGGUAAUAAUCCACAAAAUAAUAACAAUAAUAGUUCUAAUGAAAAUGGUAAUACAACACCAAAUGGAAAUAAUAAUGCUGGUAAUAAUAGUGGUAAUACAAAUGGACCUGGUACAGGCAGUAGUACUGGUGGCAAUAAUAAUACUCUGACAAAUCAUUUACAUAAUCAUCAUAGUUUACAUGAUUCAACUGGUGGUGGUGGAGAAAAUGGUUCACCAUCAAUUAGUAGUUUAAUGCCAGUUGGUUCUAGUCCGAAUACUGGUCCUUUAAGUCAGUUACAUCAUGGUGCACAUGAUUUAGGAAGUCAUCAUUUACAUCAUCAUGCUGUUUCAUCGCAUAGUGCAACAACUGUUUUACAUGAACCAUUGGAAAAAUUAAAAAUUUGGGCUGAAACUGGUGAUUUUCGGGAAAGUGCACACAGUUCUAUGGCUGCGGUAGCAAAUAGCUUGGAUCAUUCUCAACUUAAUUUUCAAACAUCAAAUGUUAGAAUUAAAAAUAGAGACAGAAAAUUUAACGAAGUUAAUCGAUCAUUACAUGAAACUACUAUCAAAACAGAAAAUACAGCAGGUCUGGGUGUACAUGAUGACAACAUCGCUUCUACAGAUGAUCAACAAAAAAAUGAUAAGAAAAAUAAACGCCAACGGCGACAAAGAACACAUUUUACAUCUCAACAACUUCAAGAGUUAGAAUUAACGUUUAGCCGUAAUCGAUAUCCAGAUAUGUCAACAAGGGAAGAAAUAGCAAUGUGGACAAAUCUAACAGAAGCCAGAGUAAGAGUAUGGUUUAAAAAUCGUCGCGCAAAAUGGCGUAAACGUGAACGUAAUACUAUGAAUGCAAUGAAUGCUGCUGCAGCUGUAGCUGAUUUUAAAACUGGUUUUAAUGCAUCAUUUAUGCAACCAUUUGAUGAAACAUUAUAUUCGCAAUAUUCUCCAUAUAAUAAUUGGACAAAAGUUCCAUCACCCUUGGGUACAAAACCAUUUCCAUGGCCUGUUAAUCCUUUAGUAUCUGCAAAUCAUCAUCAGAAUUCAGUUAAUUGUUUUAAUACAACACCAUCAUCGGUUGCAGUUAGUAUGAAUUCGGGUAGUAUGUUAAGUGGUGCUAUGGGUACAACAUUAACAACAGGUGGUACUGGUGGUACUGGUAUACCAGGUACACCAUGCCCAUAUACAACACCAGCAAAUCCAUAUAUGUAUCAUCCAAAGAAUACAGCAGAACCAUAUCCAUCAAUGACUAACAGUAUAGCAACAUUAAGAUUAAAAGCAAAACAGCAUGCAUCUGGUUUUGCAAGUCCAUAUUCUGCACCAUCUCCUAUUUCAAGAUCAAAUUCAGCUGGUUUAUCAGCAUGCCAAUAUACAGGUGUUACAGAUUCCGUUUGAGAAAACGCUCUUGGGGUCUUAUUAAAUCAUCAGCAACAGCAAUUACAGCAACAUCAUCAAAUACAACAACAAUUACAACAACAACAACAGCAACAAGAACAUAAUCACCAAAUACAUGGUUUAACAAUUAAUAAUAAUAACAAUAAUAAUAAUAAUAGUAAUAAUAAUAAUAAUGAUAAUAACAAUCAAAUAAAUAAUAAUAAUAGUAAUGAAGAUAAUGAUUUAAUGGGCCCCAAUACUGAUAGUGAUGAAAUUGAAAGAAAUAUUAGAGAUUAGAUCUUUUUAUUUUAUUUCUGUAGUAAAAAAAUUUCUUUUAAUUUAAAAAAUUAAAAAAUUAAAAAACAGAAAAGAACAAAACAAAAAUAAAAUUUGUAAUAUUUUUGUAUAUUUAAACAAUAUUAUAUUCUUAUUAUAAAUUAAUUAAUUAAUUAUAAUUAAUAUAUAUAUAUAUAUAUAUAUAUUAGAGCAACCAUAUAUUAUGUAAUUUUAGUUAUUAAGGAUCGGUUA